UAAUCUGAUGACCAUUUAUAGAUGUUAAUUACAGCAUAGGUGGAAUAAGGUGAUGUACUGUAAUCAUAUUUUAUGACUGGAGGAAAGAUAAUUCACUGUAUAUAAGAGCUGGUCUCUGUCGUCUUCAGCAUCCUCACUCAGACCGACACUGAGAAGGAAGAAGAGAAGAUAAUCCUCCAGCAGGUUAUUAUCAACUGAGACGUCUGCAUCAUCUCCAUCAUGAAGACUCUGACUGUGACUGCACUUCUCUGUGCCGUGAUGGCGCUGACCACCGCUGCUAGAGAGCAUCAAGUCGUUGAGAGGUCAACAUGUUGUCCUGAUGGUUGGAGAAAGAUCAAUGGUCGCUGUUUCCUCUACGUCCCACGAGCCCAGAGCUGGGCUCACGCUGAGAGAAACUGCCAGUCCAUGGGUGCAAACCUUGCAUCUAUACAUCAAGCUUUGGAGCAGGAUGAGAUUAAAAGGAUGAUCCAAGAUGUAACUCAUGGACAUCCAGAGACAUGGAUUGGAGGCUCUGAUGCUGAAGAGGAGGGCUUCUGGCUCUGGAGUGAUGGUACCCCUUUCAGAUUUUCCUACUGGUGCAGCAGAGAGCCGAAUAACUCCCAGGGACAGCAGCACUGUUUACAGAUACAUUAUGGAGACAAUAAAUGCUGGGAUGACAAAGAGUGUUCUGACAACCUCCCGUCUGUCUGUGCCAAGAACAUCUGA